ACAGACCGUAAAUUAAUGAGAAACGUGAGUUUUGUGAUAGUUGGUCAGGCAGUUACAAUUAGGGUUCCUGAAGGCGGCGAUCAAGCGCAUGGAUCUUUCUACAGUCAUCUUAAUUGGUGUCAUCAUCUGGCAUUUACACAACACAGAAGAGUUCAUGAAAGUAGCAGCUAAAGGAGCAGCCACGCUCAGCUGCUGUUUGGGGUCAUCUGGUUCUACACGAGUCAUGGAAAUGAAAUAUUUGAUGCCAUCCAUCGUUUGUUUCUUACUUUGUAAUGUUCGACCAGCAGCAGCGAUUUUGUCGGAUAAUCGCGGUGUUUUUGAAAUUCAAUUGGAGCGUGAUUGGAAUAUAUCCAGAAAUAUUGGAAUAAUCACUUUUCGUAAUUAUAAUGGUACUGAUCAGGCUCCUUGUAUUUUUCUUGUAGCGAUUGAGGCCUGGCUUGAUGCUGUGCGACGCAGUGAAAUAGAAUUGGAUAGUUCGAGUGAAAGUUUCGAUGAUGAUGAUAAGUUUAUUUCUAUGGAUACUUCCAGUGCGGGUUUCGAUGAUAAGUUUAUUUUCUUAAUCUGCAACAUCAUCGUGAAUUUGUGUGCAACUGGGGCACAACUGUUAUCAGCAAUAGAUAUAGCCAUCCGUGUUGUUUUGUGGCAAUUGAGUUGGUUGUACGGGUCAUCUCAUUUUAAAGAAAUGGAGGAAGCAAGGUUUAUGAUAGCAGCCAUGAUUUGUUUCUCCCUCUGGAAUGUACGACCGAAAGCAGCACCAGCCAUUUUGUUGGAACCGUCAGAUGCUAAUUUAUGGUCUCAACUUGAUUUCAAUCUGUUAGAAGAAAUUAGGGGAAGACUGACUAGUCCUACUGACCAGGCCCGUUUUCGUGUAGUUUGCACAGCGUGGCGUGCAGCCGCUCGAUCCAGUAAAACAACAAAAUCAAUACCAUGGAAAGUCAAAUUGGAUCGUUCACUUGCAAGUGUUGGUAAUAAGUUAGAAUUUAGAAUCUACGACCCAUCAUCUUUAUCUGCUUUUGUUCACAAUAUCUUAUGGGCUGAUUUAGGUAUUCCAACUCCUCCUUCUUAUAAGAAUGUCGGGGCCAGUCGUAAGAAUAAUUGGUUUUUUAUCUGCAUCAGUAAACCAAGAUUGUUUUUCUGGACUCGUAGAUACUUUUUUUUAUAUGCCCCUUACACCAAAAAAAUCAUCACACUCCCUAAAUUAGACUAUCAAUCCCGUUUUAGGUUUAGAAGAACGUUUUCCACUGACCCUGAUUCUCCAAAUUGUGUAUUCUUUCUUUCGGAGACUUUUGAUGCUGACAAAAUAGUUGUUAUAACAUAUUGCAAGAGUGAUACAAAAUGGAAGGCUAGAGAGUUUGAUAGAGUUCAGGAGUUUGUCCCUUGUGAUUGUAUUCCUAUCUUCUUCAAAGGAAUCUUCUACCUCAUUUCUCCCUUUGGACAAGUUGCAUCCUAUAAUAUUGUUGAUGACAAAUUUAAGUUUGAGAGUUUGUUUAUAGACGAAGUUUUUGCACAAAAUUAUAACUCGUUUAGGAUAUACCAAGUAUUUGAGUUAAAUGGAGAACUCAUGCUAAUAUAUUUUGGCUCAAAGAAAAAAAACAAUGACACUUUGUUGGGCAAGCAGUGUAUAAAAAUGUAUGAUUGGUCAAACAAGAUUUGGAUUCCAGUACGAACCCUAGGGAAGAAUGCAAUAUUUGUUGGCGACCAAAUUCUUUCAGUUGCUAUAGUUAACACAGAGGAAACGGGAUAUGGUAGAGUGUUACCAAACAAGAUAUAUCGCUUUUGUGAUCUUGGGUGCAUUAUCUAUUCUUUGGAAGAUGGCAACUUAGUUGAAUAUAGGCCUAGUCAUUCUAACUUGUUGGAGGAUGAUUGUGGUGACUUGCCUGAGUACAAUGACAAUUCUGGGAUUACAUCUUCAGAUGCAACCAAGGCAUUUUAUUGGUUGGAACCGCCCACUGUCCUCUACUGAAACAUUCAUGUUUUGUGACAGAUGGUCACUGAAAAGGUAUUGAGAGGAUGUUCAAAGACCUGAGUAGCAGUAAAGAAGUGAAGCAAGAAGAAGUUAAACAGAAACUUGGUUUAUGGUUAACCUAGACACUGGCAGGAGUACCCCGAGUUUCUGGUUCAGAUUGAGAAUUCAGUUGAGUCACAGGGAAGACAAGGUAACCCUUGAUGGGUAAUGAGGCUUCAAGUCUUGAGCCCUUAAGGAAAAGGUAUACAGUCAUCAUUUUUGAUCCUGGUGGAUAGCCAGAUUCUGCUGGAAGAUGAGAUUAACUAAGUGCCAGCUGAACCUUGAGGACUUGGUUAAUUUUUAAGGAGGGAGGGAUGUCAGGAACAGAGCCUGACUAGUAGUAUUAGUAGUAGUAACAGUAGUAUAAAGGGGUAUAAUGGUCUUUUAUUAUUUUGUAGUGGGUUGCACUGGUAUAAAUAGGACAUGUAAUGUGCCAUUUCAGUUUAUGCUUUUUAUAUAUGAAAGUUGGAAUUAAUUUCCACCACUCUUUCUCUUAAUUCUUAACUUCCUGAGCUAGUUUCUAUCUCUCUAUUGCUAUUCUCUUUAAGAUCUACCUGUUCUCUCUCUCAAUGACUCUUUCCUGUCUAAAUCUACCUAUAUUUGUGUUUUCUUCCUGAAAUCAUGUCUAUAUCAUGUUUAUCUACUGCUUAUACAACAGAUAAUACAAAAACAUUUACAUUUCUCUAGUCAGGAAACAGUUUAACACAAUAUUGCUGAGAAUCCCCUAUCUUGACAUCAACCUGAAAUUAUAAAUGUGUACUAUUAUAUUAAUUUAAUGUAAGAAGAGAAGAGGAUCAUGUCUGUCUCAUGGUGAUCCCGUCUAAAAUUGAUGUUUAGAAAACCAGUACUUACAAUUGUGCUAAUGUUGUUAGUCAUAAUAAAGUUUUGCAUAAAGCUAAUUUUAGAAUCAGUAGCAAUAGAUAAUCAAGUGGCAGUAGCUCAUUAGGUACUAGGUAGUAGUAGUAGUAGUAGAUAAUUAAGUGGCAUUAACUAAACAUAAGUAGGUUGCAUAAGAUUACAUCUCAUAGAAGUAAAAGUUUACCAUGAACAUAGUUUCGGCACUCGUAGUCACAAACAUGAUAACUGAUUCAUCCUAUAUUAUUUUUAUUUUGGUGUUUGCUUACGAUAAAGCAGACCUCGAAUAAUGUUGAGCAGCGUAUCUUGUGCAAUAAAUUAGUAUUAUCUUUGCUGAAGUCAUUUGUUGAAUGAAAAGACAUUGAACACUUGGACGAAGGAGCCAAAACAUCCUUGUCCCUGCAACCAUGCACAAGUGUAUCUCAACUCAUCCAUUCAUUAAGUCAGUGUCUCUGCUUUGUGACAAAUGUCCAUAUCAAUUUGUUAUUUCCUACCCAAUAAUACUUUACACUGAUCCAUAUAACUACAUGUCCACAUCAGAAACUAAUAUAUCUUUGUAUUUCUAAAUAACAAAAUCAAUGAUGCAUUAAUUAGUUAUCUUUAUGUCUUUCAUUGAGUUAUUUUACCUAAGCUUGUAGCUUGAAAGACGUUGCAUGAGUUUUUGUUGGUUAGUGGAUCUUAACAUUCCCCUUUAAAGUUAAGUUCUCUUGAGUACCACUAUCAGUGUUCACGACGUUGCAUGGUUUUUAUCGAUGUUUAUCCAUGUCUUCUUUCUCAUCUUUGUACACGUCCUCAUGGUUAGCUUAAAAUAAAUAGUGUUGCUGUACUCCCACACUUGUCUUCCCACUCACCUACUUAAGUUUGGCCACAAUCUGAAGACGAACUAGAUAUGUUGCUACUUAUGCCACAACAAUUACAUUUUUCGCCAUCACUUUUGCCAGAAGGAUUAGGUUGUUACAUAUACAACUAGAAAGUGAUGUGGUUGUUCCAUCUUAUUUAAAGGCUACUAAUUCCUAAACACUAUCCAUGUGUACCUUCAGUGAUGAAUAGUACAAUCUUUUGCCUUCUGUCCGUGAAUUUUUUUUAUGCAAACUUUUUCCAUGAUCGAAUUGCAUCUUUCAUUCCCAUCAAGCCAAAGCACCUUUAAGGAGUUAAUAAGCUACGUUUUGAUUUCACAAGUAUAGAUACGCGUCAAUAGAAAAAUAAAUUUUAGCCACUUCUUGAGCCUUAUGACACAUCAUAGAUAAUGAUGCUGUUUGAAAGUUGAAUUUAAAGGUUAAAAAUCAUCUUGCGCUUUAUGACAUAAGCAUAUAUAGAUAAUGUUUAAUGAUAGUCCUUUAUCGUGUUCUGUGUGAUUUGAUUAACUCGAUAGAGUUGAGUCUUUUUCAGCGGAGGAGAAAUGAUGCAAGACAACUGGAAGAAGUCUAAAGAAAUUAUUUGGGAAUGAUAGGCUGUGGACGCCUAAUAAGUGAUACAGUAUAUAUCAAUUCUUAUGCUUAAGCAAAUUAGGGAAAGAUAUCUGUUAGAAUCAUAUAUUACUUAGGAAUGUAUUAUAUAGGUUUAGUGAGUAGCUAUUUUGUACUUCAGCAGCUUACUGCUGUUAUUGAAACAGUUGUUUUGUGUUUAUACUCUUGCCCAAAAAUUUUCAUGAACCCUGUUCUUUUUAAUCAGCCCAUUUCCCCAUUAUGCCCUAACUGUGUAAUUUGCAAUGAUUACCUAUAUUAUUUAUGAGUUAGAUUGUGUAUGUAAUUGGUGUUACAGCAUGAGUCAGAUUGAGUAUAAUGUUUAAUUUGCUGACAGGAUUUAACAUUGUUGACUAUUUGCAGUGAGUAUAAGUUCUUGACACUAUGAAUCCUAAUUGUAGAUGGCAUUAUUAAAGCUUGUGUCUGGUUGGAAUAUAGAAUGGAUUGGGGGUGAGAGAGUAUAUAGAGUGUUAUGUAAUCUACAUUUUUGCGCAAUUUAUUGAGACAAUAUAUUUUUGUUCCUUGCAAUAUAUUUAAUUUGCUGUUUCCUUGCAGUAUUUUAAUUUCUACUUGAAUUUCUGUGCGAUUUAUUGAGACAAUAUAUUUUUGUUCCUGCAGCAGAUUUCAUGCUAAUACCUAAAGCAGAUUGUUACGCGCCUAUGAUGUAGUGGUCGACU